AUGGCAUCAAAAGUGGUAAUCAUUGGAGGUUCAUACGCUGGGUUAGCUGCUUUAAAUACAUUAAAACUGUUAAUUACCAAAAACUUAAGCACUAUUUCAAAACCAAUAUCAAUCACGCUAAUUGAACCAAAAUCAGGGUUCUUGAAUAUAUUAGGACUACCAAAAUCAAUUGUUAACAAAGAUUUUGCAAGCAAACAAUAUGUUCCAUUUUGUGAUUUUUUAAAAUUUGAUAAUGUGAUCAGUACUUCCAAUGAUUUAAAACUUCAAUUAACAAGAAAUACAAAUACUGACAAUAACAAUUUGGUAUUGAAUUAUAUUCAAGGGAAAGUAACCAAAUUAGCCAGCAACAAAAUUAGUUACUCUAUCAACGACAUCGACGAAUCAAGCAUUGAGUAUGACUAUGCAAUCUUAGCAACAGGAAGAAACAGAAAUUGGCCAGUCAAUCCAAUGGCUUCUACAUUUGAAUUGUAUUUGAAUGAAAUUGAAUUCACAAACAACAAAAUUGAGGAAAGUCCAAUUAUUAGCAUUAUUGGUGGUGGUGCCGUUGGUAUAGAAUUGGCGGCAGAAAUUAAAUUGCAUUAUCCUAAUAAGAUUGUUAAUUUGAUUCAUCCUCAUGGCACUUUGCCACCAGAACCAAUACUGGAAACAUUCAAAAACAAAACCUUACAAUCGUUAAAGCUUGCUAAUAUUAACGUGUUCUUAAAUACAAGAAUAGAUACCUUAAAAGCUACAGCAGCAGAAAACGAUAGGGGAACAUACAAUUUGAAAACUACUGAUGGAAGAACAAUUGAGUCAAAUUUAAAUAUAUGGGCUACUUCUUUCAGAAACAAUCUCGAUUAUUUAUCUCCCGAUUUAGACAUUCGCAUAACUGCAAAUCAUAAUAUUCAAACCAAUGAUUAUUUGCAAAUACCAAACAUACCAAAUAUUUACGCUGUGGGGGAUUUGAUUGAAUUGUCCACAAUUAAAUCAGCUGGUUGGGCAUUCCAUACUGGAAUUCAAGCUGGAACUAAUGUUUAUAAUUCCAUAGUUGAGAAUCCUUUGCAAUUGUCAAGAAUUCCGUUUGAUCAAAUAGAUUCUCAUAAAUUGACCAUUGUUGGUGGUGAAGGUAAGAUAAUCCAUGAAGUGAAGAGAAAUUUGGAGAUCAACCCCAUAUCAAUGGUGCAAGAGUAUCAGGAUUAUCGGUUAGCAACAUGUAAGAGAUUUAUAGGGGCAGUAGUCAAAUAA